AUGGACACACCCAAGAAUGCUGCUUGGGUGGUCAGGAAAAUCAUUGGCAGCAGGAAGAAGGUGAUCCAACUGCAGAAUAUACAGGGUGAUCUUCAUAAGAUGUUGGGCCAAAUGCAGUUACAUGGGAAAUUCCAAAUAAAAAAAGCUUACUGCUUGCUACUCCCACAAUUACCAAGAGUUCCCUGGAAAACAAUUGUGUUGCAUAAACAAAUACAUCCAAGAUUUAAAUUCAAUCUUUGGUUGGCUGCUCAGAAAAGACUCUCCACUUUUGAUAGGUUGCAAAAGAUUGGUAUUCAAGUACCCAUGGAGUGUGUGUUCUGUGACAGGGGCGUAGAAACAUUUGAUUACUUGUUCUUUGCUUGUUCUAUUAAUAGAGGACUAUGGGGCAAACUACUGCAAUGGCUAGGACAUUACGAAACUAUUGGUACAUGGAAAGAGGAAAUACAUUGGAUUUGUAACAUGGCACACGGAACGAAUGGUGCUGCAUCUAUCACUUGUAGUGUCUUUGGUAUGAUGGUGUAUUGCAUAUGGCAAGAGAGGAACUCCAUAAGGUUUCAACCGGGCCAAUACAAUGCUACAAGGGUCUACAGGGGUAUUUCUUUGCAUAUGCACAUUAAAGGAAGACACAAGGCUAAAUGGCAACCUAUAUUGAGUACUUUGAACUGUUUUGCUUAA